CCUAAUAAAGAGUAUCCUAAUAUAAAUAUUCUCUUUAAAUAUCUUAUAAAUAACCUAGAUAUAGCCUUAGUGCUACUAAGAUACCUUCUUAAAUUAUUAUACUCUAAGAAGAACUUAAUUUUAUUAUUUAUUAUAAUACCCAAUAAGAAAAUAACUAUAUUGUACCUUACUUACCAAUUAGAAAACCUCCUAAUCGUGAACUAUAUCCUUAAGAAGUUCAACACCCCAUAUCACCUUGACUUUAUUAAUAACAGAGGUUUUAUAGUAUUGUAUUUUAUGGUUUUUUACGGCUAUGCUAAUAUUAUAAGAAAGCUAUAUAAAAAAAAAAUACAAGUCGACAUCCUUAUAGGGGAUAAAUUUGUAAGUCCCGAAGGCCGCCGCAACACCCUAGACUACUACUAUUAUCUACUUAAUCUAGAUAUUAGUAAUUUACAAGACUCCUAUAGUAUAGUUCGAGACAUUUAG